CCCCCGUUGGGACGUAAGGGUUCCAAUCAUGAGGGCUUCUCAUUGCUCUUUUGCUCGCUCUCUCUCUAAUCUCCUCCUCCUCCUCCUCCUCCUUUUAGCCAUUGCUGCUCAAGUUCGAGCAAGACCUCUACUUGCAGAGAGGUUGAUGAUGACAACUGAAGACUAUGGAAGGUCAUUGAGGCCACUGCCUCUGCGACAUACGGCAUCACCACCUCCAUCUCCCCAACCAGACACCCCACCGACACCAGGCGGUGUUGAGGCGUCAUCAAAAUCACCACCUCCAGCUCCAAAAGUAGCACCACCGAUCCACCCAUUCUCAUGCUUAAACUCUCCUCCUUCGGACGACGACUUGAUCAUAUCAAUGGUUACUGAUUUUGACUUUGAGGCACCAUCAAAGUCACCACCGCCACCUCCAAAAGUUUCACCUCCACCGAAGCAAGUGAAGGAUGAUCUUGAGGCGCCGUCAAGCCAAGCACCUCCAUCUCCCCAACCAGACACCCCACCGCUACCACCGACAGACGAUGUUGAGGCGCCGUCAAGCGAGGCGCCUCCACCUCCCCAACCAGACACCCCACCGGGACCAUUGACAGACGAUGUUGAGGCGCCGUCAAAAUCACCACCUCCACCCCCAAAAGUAGCACCACCGAUCAACCCAUUCUCAUGCUUAAACUCUCCUCCUUCGGACGACGACUUGAUCAUAUCAAUGGUUACUGAUUUUGACUUUGAGGCACCAUCAAAAUCACCACCUCCACCUCCAAAAUUUUCACCUCCAUCAAAGCACGUGAAGGAUGAUCUUGAGGCGCCAUCAAGACCACCACCUCCAGCUCCCACAGUAGCACCCCCGCAGAAACCACCCAGGACCGAAGAUUUUGAGGCGCCAUCAAGAUCACCACCUCCAGCUCCAAAAGUAGCGCCCCCAAGGAAACCAGGGAUCAACGAUUUUGAGGCGCCAUCAAAAUCACCACCUCCACCCCCAAAAGUAUCACCCCCAACCCACAAUAUUAACAAUUCCGAGAGGACAUACAAAUCACCGCCGCCAACUCAGAAUUCAUCACCUUCGACCCACCAGUUAACCAAAGAAUUUGGCGGGCUUAUUAUGAUUAUAUCUGAAAGAUCCCCGCCCUCUGCUGAGUCUUAUUAUUCGGCUUAUUAAUUCCCUUCACAGUCCUUAGUUAGGACCUGCCUUUAAUUUUGGGCGUGUUGAUUAGUUGAUUCUGUAGCUGCUGAACUUUUUUUGCAUCGAGUGUGGUGUGAGUAUGAAGUGUUUUCACGGUACACUAUUGUAAAAUAGCAGCUAGUCAGUGUACUUUGCAAUCAGAUGGAAGUUCAGCUGGAUCAGCUCA